GCGGCGUCGCUGCCGAUGGCGCUGAGGCGGAGCAUGGGGCGGCCGGGGCUCCCGCCGCUGCUGCUGCUGCCGCCGCCGCCGCCGCCGCCGCCUCUGCUGCUGCUGGCGGGUCUGGCCUCUCUGCUGCUCCCGGAGUCCGCGGCCGCAGGCCUGAAGCUCAUGGGAGCCCCGGUGAAGCUGACGGUAUCUCAGGGGCAGCCGGUGAAGCUCAACUGCAGCGUGGAAGGGAUGGAGGAGCCUGAGAUACAGUGGGUGAAGGAUGGGGCUGUGGUCCAGAGUGUGGACCAGUUGUACAUCCCGGUCAGUGAGCAGCACUGGAUUGGCUUCCUCAGCCUGAAGUCAGUGGAGCGCUCUGAUGCAGGCCGGUACUGGUGCCAGGUGGAGGAUGGGGGAGAAACCGAGACCUCCCAGCCAGUGUGGCUCACAGUAGAAGGUGUGCCAUUUUUCACUGUGGAGCCAAAAGAUCUGGCAGUUCCACCCAAUGCCCCUUUCCAACUGUCUUGUGAGGCUGUGGGUCCCCCUGAACCUGUUACCAUUGUCUGGUGGAGAGGAGGCACGAAGGUUGGGGGACCCGCUCCCUCUCCCUCUGUUUUAAAUGUAACAGGGGUGACCCAGAGCACCAUAUUCUCCUGUGAAGCUCACAACCUGAAAGGCCUGGCCUCUUCGCGCCCAGCCACUGUUCGUCUUCAAGCACUGCCUGCAGCCCCCUUCAACAUCACAGUGACGAAGCUCUCCAGCAACAAUGCUAGUGUGGCCUGGAUGCCAGGUGCUGAUGGCCGAGCCCUGCUCCAAUCCUGUACAGUCCAGGUGAUGCAGGCCCCAGGAGGCUGGGAGGUCCUGGCUGUCGUGGUCCCUGUGCCACCCUUUACCUGCCUGCUCCGGGACCUGGUGCCUGCCACAAACUACAGCCUCAGGGUGCGCUGCGCCAAUGCCUUGGGGCCCUCUCCCUAUGCUGACUGGGUGCCCUUUCAGACAAAGGGUGUAGCUCCAGCCAGCACUCCCCAAAACCUUCAUGCCAUUCGUACAGACUCAGGCCUCAUCCUGGAAUGGGAAGAAGUGAUCCCCGAGGGCCCUUUGGAAGGCCCCCUGGGACCCUAUAAAUUGUCUUUGGUUCAAGACAAUGGAACUCAGGAUGAGCUGACAGUGGAGGGGACCAGGGCUAAUUUAACAGGCUGGGAUCCCCAGAAGGACCUGAUUGUACGUGUGUGCGUCUCCAAUGCAGUUGGUUGUGGGCCCUGGAGUCAGCCAUUGGUGGUCUCUUCUCAUGACCAUGCAGGCCAGCAGGGCCCUCCCCACAGCCGCACAUCCUGGGUGCCUGUGGUCCUGGGUGUGCUCACAGCCCUGGUGACGGCAGCUGCCCUGGCCCUCAUCCUACUUCGAAAGAGGCGGAAGGAGACACGGUUUGGGCAAGCCUUCGACAGUGUCAUGGCCCGGGGAGAGCCAGCUGUUCACUUCCGGGCAGCCAGGUCCUUCAAUCGAGAAAGGCCUGAGCGCAUCGAGGCUACAUUGGACAGCUUGGGCAUCAGUGAUGAACUAAAGGACAAACUGGAAGAUGUGCUCAUCCCAGAGCAGCAGUUCACCCUGGGCCGGAUGUUGGGCAAAGGAGAGUUUGGUUCAGUGCGGGAAGCCCAGCUUAAGCAGGAAGAUGGCUCCUUUGUGAAAGUGGCUGUAAAGAUGCUGAAAGCUGACAUCAUUGCCUCAAGCGACAUUGAGGAGUUCCUGAGGGAAGCAGCUUGCAUGAAGGAGUUUGACCAUCCACACGUGGCCAAGCUUGUUGGGGUGAGCCUCCGGAGCAGGGCUAAAGGCCGCCUCCCAAUCCCUAUGGUCAUCUUGCCCUUCAUGAAGCAUGGGGACCUGCACGCCUUCCUGCUCGCCUCGCGAAUUGGGGAGAACCCCUUUAACCUGCCACUCCAGACUCUGAUCCGGUUCAUGGUGGACAUUGCCUGUGGCAUGGAGUACCUGAGCUCUCGGAACUUCAUCCACCGAGACCUGGCCGCUCGGAAUUGCAUGCUGGCAGAGGAUAUGACAGUGUGUGUGGCUGACUUUGGACUCUCCCGGAAGAUCUAUAGCGGGGACUACUAUCGUCAGGGCUGUGCCUCCAAAUUGCCUGUCAAAUGGCUGGCCCUGGAGAGCCUGGCUGACAACCUGUAUACUGUGCACAGUGAUGUGUGGGCCUUCGGGGUGACCAUGUGGGAGAUCAUGACUCGUGGGCAGACGCCAUAUGCUGGCAUCGAAAACGCUGAGAUUUACAACUACCUCAUCGGCGGGAACCGCCUGAAACAGCCUCCAGAGUGUAUGGAAGACGUGUAUGAGCUCAUGUACCAGUGCUGGAGCGCCGACCCCAAGCAGCGCCCGAGCUUCACAUGCCUGCGAAUGGAACUGGAGAACAUCCUGGGCCACCUGUCUGUCCUGUCCACCAGCCAGGACCCCUUGUACAUCAACAUUGAGAGAGCAGAGGAGCCUGCUGAGGGAGGCAGCCUGGUGUUGCCCAGCAGGGACUGGCCAAGCAGCAGGGCCGGGGAUGGCAGUGUCAUGGGGGCAGUGGGGGGCACCCCCAGUGACUAUCGGUACAUUCUCAGCCCUGGAGGACUGGCUGAGCAGCCUGGGCAGGCAGAGCAGCAGCCAGAGAGCCCCCUCAAUGAGGCACAGAGGCUGCUGCUGCUGCAGCAAGGGCUACUACCCCACAGUAGCUGUUAGCCCACAGGCAGAGGGCAUCUGGGGCCAUCUGGCUGUCUCUGCUGGCCUCUGUGCUGGCUGACCAAGCCCGUUCUGACCCCAGCCCAGGCAGCAAGGUGUGGAGGCUC